AUGGGCCCGCCGCGCGCCGUCCUGCUCAAGGGCCCGACGCUCAACUCGCGCGUGUUCUUGACGGCGAUGCCUGAGCGGCACGAAGAUCUCGUGGCCAAGGCCUGCGAGCUGUUCAAGGUCCCGGCCGACCAUACCCCCCAGCUCUAUGUGGCGUGCCAGGCGUCGAUCGGCCCGCCGAACAGCGAGCAGCGCGGUGCGCUGCUGAUGGCGGACGCGAUGCCGUUCCUCCGGGACAGGGAGCUUGUGACGCUGCGCUGGGUUCCGAGCGAGGCCGCGCGCCCUCGCGACCAUGCGCGCGUCCAGUGGGACCCGAAGCUCGAUGACCGCCUCUUUACGACGCCCGUGUCGCGCGGGCCCGUCGCCCGUGCCGCGCACGUUGCGCGCGUGCUGGAGCGGGAGCGCAGCGCGGGGCUCCCUGACAGGGUGCCGCCCGCGCCGGCCGCGUGCAGCAAGAUGGGCCCCGUGGCGGAGUCGCCGUUCCAGGCGCCGAUGUCCCCGCCGUCGAGCUCGCCGACCGCGUCGCCCGUGCUCGAGGCGCCGCCGUCGCCGACGCCGCAGCGCGCUAUGCCGCCGCUCGAGUGGACGGCGGGCGACAGCGACGAGGACGACGUGCAGGCCGCGCUGAUCCCCGCGGCGCCUGCGCCGCGCAAGGCGACCGGCCUAGGCGCGCUGUGCGCGCGUCUGAACCCGUUCGCCAAGACGGAGCAUGAGCCCAAGCGCGCCGCGGUGCCUGCGCCGCGCGCGGCGGCGCCCCAGGCGCCNGCCGCGGGGCGCGGCGGCGUGCUCCUGGCUGUGCGGGAGCAUCCCCGCAAUACGCACUUUCGCGCGCCGCACGACCAUGUGCUGCAGCGCCCGAGCGGUGCGCAUGCGCUGCAGGAGUGUGUGGCGCGCCGGCUCAUGGACGCGGCGCGCCCGUUGGACGAGUUCGCCGAGGCGCUGUAUGCGUACCUGGACGCCUCGGCGCCGCAGGGCGGCGCUCUGCGCGACGAGGCCCUGACGCUGCGCCGCUUUGCGGCGACGCUCAUGGGCGAGCUGUCCCGCACGAGCGGGACGAAGCGGCCGGCGCCGGAAGACGCCGCGCCGCUCGCGAAGCGGACGCGGUCUGCGGCGGCGCGCGCGGUGCCGCUGCGCUAG